AUGACCAGCUGUUCGGAGCGAUUCGGGCCUGGGUCCGAGGGCCCGCGGUGUCGACCGGCUCUCCCGUGCGACUCGCACCCGUGCCCAAGGGCCCGCGGGGUCGACAAGCAGUCUUUGGAGACUCCGGGCCAGGUCCGAGGCCCCACGGGUUCAACUAGCUGUCCAGAGCGACCAAGGCCCGGGUCCGAGGGCCCUCAAUGUCGACCUGCUGUCCAGGGUGCUCGGGCCGGGUCCGAGGGCCCGCAGGGUCGACAAGCCGUCCCGGGGUCGACAGUCGUGGGCGACUCUGGGCCAGGUCCGAAGUCCAACGGGUUCCACCAGCUGUCCCGGGUGACCAAGGACUGGAUCCGACGGCCCUCGGUGUCCACCUGCUGUCUAGGGCACUCGGGCCCGGGUCCAAGGGCCCGCGGGAUCGGCCAGCUCUCUCGGGCGAAUCGUGCCCGGGUCCGCGUGCCAGCGGGGUUGACCAGAUUUCACGGGCGAUUCGGGCCCGGGCCUGAGGGCCUGCGGGGUCGACCAGCUGUCCUGGGCGACGCCGGCCUGGCUCCGAAGGCCCGCGGGGUCGACCCGCUGUCCCGGGUAACUCGGGCCCAGGAGCGAGGGCCCGCGGUGUUCUCCAUCCCUCCCGGGCGAAUGGCGCUCGUGUCUGUGACCCGCGCCCAUGCCCGAAGCCCCGCGGUGUCAACCAGAUGUCCCGGGCGACUUCGGCCAGGCUCCAAGUGCCUGCGGGCUCGACCCGCGGUCCCAGACUCCGGCUCGGCUCCGAUGCCUGCGGGGUCCCAGCUGUCCGGGCCCCCUGUGCUUGAGUCCGAGGGCCCGCGGUGUCGACCAGUUUUACCGGGCCAAUCGGGCCCGGGUUUGAGGGGCCGCGGUGUUGACAAGCGGUCCUGUGUGACUCCGGGCCGGGUCCGAGGGCCCAUGAGUUUCACCAGCCUCCCGGGUGACUCGGGCCCGGGUCCGAGGGCCCUCCGUGAUGACCAGCUGUUCGGAGCGAUUCGGGCCUGGGUCCGAGGGCCCGCGGUGUCGACCGGCUCUCCCGUGCGACUCGCACCCGUGCCCAAGGGCCCGCGGGGUCGACAAGCAGUCUUUGGAGACUCCGGGCCAGGGUCGACAGUCGUGGGCGACUCUGGGCCAGGUCCGAAGUCCAACGGGUUCCACCAGCUGUCCCGGGUGACCAAGGACUGGAUCCGACGGCCCUCGGUGUCCACCUGCUGUCUAGGGCACUCGGGCCCGGGUCCAAGGGCCCGCGGGAUCGGCCAGCUCUCUCGGGCGAAUCGUGCCCGGGUCCGCGUGCCAGCGGGGUUGACCAGAUUUCACGGGCGAUUCGGGCCCGGGCCUGAGGGCCUGCGGGGUCGACCAGCUGUCCUGGGCGACGCCGGCCUGGCUCCGAAGGCCCGCGGGGUCGACCCGCUGUCCCGGGUAACUCGGGCCCAGGAGCGAGGGCCCGCGGUGUUCUCCAUCCCUCCCGGGCGAAUGGCGCUCGUGUCUGUGACCCGCGCCCAUGCCCGAAGCCCCGCGGUGUCAACCAGAUGUCCCGGGCGACUUCGGCCAGGCUCCAAGUGCCUGCGGGCUCGACCCGCGGUCCCAGACUCCGGCUCGGCUCCGAUGCCUGCGGGGUCCCAGCUGUCCGGGCCCCCUGUGCUUGAGUCCGAGGGCCCGCGGUGUCGACCAGUUUUACCGGGCCAAUCGGGCCCGGGUUUGAGGGGCCGCGGUGUUGACAAGCGGUCCUGUGUGACUCCGGGCCGGGUCCGAGGGCCCAUGAGUUUCACCAGCCUCCCGGGUGACUCGGGCCCGGGUCCGAGGGCCCUCCGUGAUGACCAGCUGUUCGGAGCGAUUCGGGCCUGGGUCCGAGGGCCCGCGGUGUCGACCGGCUCUCCCGUGCGACUCGCACCCGUGCCCAAGGGCCCGCGGGGUCGACAAGCAGUCUUUGGAGACUCCGGGCCAGGGUCGACAGUCGUGGGCGACUCUGGGCCAGGUCCGAAGUCCAACGGGUUCCACCAGCUGUCCCGGGUGACCAAGGACUGGAUCCGACGGCCCUCGGUGUCCACCUGCUGUCUAGGGCACUCGGGCCCGGGUCCAAGGGCCCGCGGGAUCGGCCAGCUCUCUCGGGCGAAUCGUGCCCGGGUCCGCGUGCCAGCGGGGUUGACCAGAUUUCACGGGCGAUUCGGGCCCGGGCCUGAGGGCCUGCGGGGUCGACCAGCUGUCCUGGGCGACGCCGGCCUGGCUCCGAAGGCCCGCGGGGUCGACCCGCUGUCCCGGGUAACUCGGGCCCAGGAGCGAGGGCCCGCGGUGUUCUCCAUCCCUCCCGGGCGAAUGGCGCUCGUGUCUGUGACCCGCGCCCAUGCCCGAAGCCCCGCGGUGUCAACCAGAUGUCCCGGGCGACUUCGGCCAGGCUCCAAGUGCCUGCGGGCUCGACCCGCGGUCCCAGACUCCGGCUCGGCUCCGAUGCCUGCGGGGUCCCAGCUGUCCGGGCCCCCUGUGCUUGAGUCCGAGGGCCCGCGGUGUCGACCAGUUUUACCGGGCCAAUCGGGCCCGGGUUUGAGGGGCCGCGGUGUUGACAAGCGGUCCUGUGUGACUCCGGGCCGGGUCCGAGGGCCCAUGAGUUUCACCAGCCUCCCGGGUGACUCGGGCCCGGGUCCGAGGGCCCUCCGUGAUGACCAGCUGUUCGGAGCGAUUCGGGCCUGGGUCCGAGGGCCCGCGGUGUCGACCGGCUCUCCCGUGCGACUCGCACCCGUGCCCAAGGGCCCGCGGGGUCGACAAGCAGUCUUUGGAGACUCCGGGCCAGGGUCGACAGUCGUGGGCGACUCUGGGCCAGGUCCGAAGUCCAACGGGUUCCACCAGCUGUCCCGGGUGACCAAGGACUGGAUCCGACGGCCCUCGGUGUCCACCUGCUGUCUAGGGCACUCGGGCCCGGGUCCAAGGGCCCGCGGGAUCGGCCAGCUCUCUCGGGCGAAUCGUGCCCGGGUCCGCGUGCCAGCGGGGUUGACCAGAUUUCACGGGCGAUUCGGGCCCGGGCCUGAGGGCCUGCGGGGUCGACCAGCUGUCCUGGGCGACGCCGGCCUGGCUCCGAAGGCCCGCGGGGUCGACCCGCUGUCCCGGGUAACUCGGGCCCAGGAGCGAGGGCCCGCGGUGUUCUCCAUCCCUCCCGGGCGAAUGGCGCUCGUGUCUGUGACCCGCGCCCAUGCCCGAAGCCCCGCGGUGUCAACCAGAUGUCCCGGGCGACUUCGGCCAGGCUCCAAGUGCCUGCGGGCUCGACCCGCGGUCCCAGGUGCCUCGGGCCCGACUCCGGCUCGGCUCCGAUGCCUGCGGGGUCCCAGCUGUCCGGGCCCCCUGUGCUUGAGUCCGAGGGCCCGCGGUGUCGACCAGUUUUACCGGGCCAAUCGGGCCCGGGUUUGA